AUGGUCCGUACCGCAUGGACAGUUGCUAGUUCCGGAGGGGCCUAUGUAACAACCGCUUACUCUGAUGCCAUGGUCAAAGUCUUCGGCCCGGAUACCCCCUAUGACGAUUUCCGACCCGUAAUACCCUUGGUGGUUCACAUUGAACUCUGGGAACCUGGACUUGAGUUGGCUGUCAGCGAUAUUGAUCGUCUUCAACCCUUGAUCCCUGACCUCGACUUGGGUGAUGCAGCCAAGAAAAAGAAGCAGAUGCUGAUUGACAAAGCCAAGAUGCUCAGUGACCUGAACUCAAUAGAGUAUGCCCAGAUAUAUCUUUGCGGCAUAUCCAGUAGUUUGAAGCCCAACCACGACUCCAUGAUCGACGAGGCGACUAAGAAUGGCGACGACACUUCUUGGCUGAGUGACAUGGGAGGUGACGUACAAGUCGAUGACGAGGAUCAAAGCGGUUCCUCCAAAGCCCUGAAGGAGAUAGCCAACGCUUACUCCAAUACAAACGCAAUCUAUGAGAUAAUUAGUCUCGACGGGGAGCUCUUUGGGGAGUCGUCAAAGCGGAUGACCGAUGAGAUCGAGCAUCUCAACAAGGCCAUCAAGCUGCUAGAACAGAAUCUUUGA